CGGCUCUUCCUUAGCAACCGGCGCUGGGGCGGCGGUGCGGGCCGCGGCGGCGGGAGUGUUCUCUGUGCCCAUCAGUUACCCCUCCUGCUGAGGCUGCCCUGCCUGUGUUCACAGAGCUGUGUUCCUCCUGGCUGUCUGUGCCACAGCACCUUGCUGAGCUCCAGGCAGCCCCUCUGCCCCUUCCCGGGGUCACUGUGGAAGGACCAUGGCAGACACCGGGGAGGGGAAAAAGGAAGAGGCUGAUUAUAAAAGACUUCACAGCUUUCCACUGAUUAGGCACUCCGACAUGCCGGAGGAGAUGCGUGUGGAGGCCAUGGAGCUCUGUGUCACAGCGUGUGAGAAAUAUGCAACCAACAACGAGAGCGCUGCCAAGAUGAUCAAAGAGGUGAUGGACAAGAAAUUUGGGUCCUCCUGGCAUGUGGUGAUUGGGGAAGGUUUUGGCUUUGAGAUCACUCACGAGGUGAAGAAUCUGCUGUACAUGUUCUUUGGUGGCAGCCUGGCUGUGUGUGUCUGGAAAUGUUCCUGACAUCUGGCUGGGUCCCAGACUUGCUGCGUAGAAGAGAUUUCUUCCUUCUCUUAACAGGUUUUGUACAAUCUGGAAGUGGGGCUUUAUUUUUAAUAGUUAAACAUCAAGAUUGAUUUUUUUUUUUUCAUGCUGUUGUAACAGUUCCAUGGGAUAGAUAUAGUUGGGGGGGGUGUGUGUGUAUGUGUGUGUGUAAACUUGCUAAGCUGUCCUGUCCUUGCUUGUGGGAUUUCUCAUCUGUCUGGCUCUUUCCUUGGCGCCUGAGCCGAAACAGGAAGGAGGUGGGGAGCAGGUGAUCUCACGGCACACUGCAGGUCCAUACAGCAGCAUGAGGAGGGGGAAGAGGAAGAGAAGAGGUGCUAUCUAGUCCUAUGGUUUUUCUCCUCCCACUUGUUCCACAUCGUGUUUUCUUCUCUGCCAUCUCCCCACCAUGUGGUAUAGCUCUGACCAGCACCUGUCUCUCCUCUCUCUGAAUACCUUCUCUUUCCCUUUCUAAAAUGUCCCUACAGAACUGGCAGUGCCAAGGGUCUCCCUGCCCAUGGUGGUGUUAGCCACAGGGAAGCAGGCUCAGCUUGUCCUUCCCUGCUUCUUUUGGGAGGGUGCAACAGCUGAGCUGCCUGGGUGUAGGAGGUUGCUAUUCAAACUGCCCCCUCCUUUCUCACCCACCACACACUGAGAUAGCAUGAAAACACGGGUGGCUGACGACGCCUGGGGAGUGGGUGAAAGCUCUUCAUAAGGCUCGAAUGCCUCCCUGUCAGUCCUCGGGGGUGUUGCAAGUGCUGUGUACUUUCAGCAUCUUGUUUGGAGGCUGGUAGAGGAAGGAGGCUCCAUGUGAGAUAUCACUUGGUCAUCAGAAACCUAACGUCUUCUUGGACUUGCCUUCUUUUAGCCUGUUUCAUUCUUUUUAAAGCUGUCAGUGUUGGAGGAUAAAAUGAACAUAAUUAUAUGUUGCGUAUAUGGUUUAUUUAUAUAAAUCUGGGGAACUGUGUUUUUACAAUAAAAGUUAAGUAAAAUGUC